UGAUUGCUGCAGGAGGUCAUUCCCAAAUCCGAGUUCAGGCUUUGAGUCAGUGCCAUAUCAAUUCAGUUAGUUUUAAAGACUUAUCUGCAGCAGGUAAGAUAUUGAUUCACAGGUUUGUCACAGAACCUCACUUCAAAAGCUUUAAACUCCUCCUAAAAAAAAAAAAAAAGGCUUUUGCUUCAAGCCGCCGCGGGGCAGAGCAGCAGGCUGCCUGUAAUAAACUCAUAGCUGCAUCAUCUCGGCGCGCGCACAGGUGAGUGUUUGGUCCGCGUGACUCAGCGCAGAGACGCUCUGUUCCAAACUUUCAAAACACUUGCGCGUGGAGCUCCGGGCUGACAUUACAACAGCGGCAGGCUUUAAAAGCCCCCCAGCCCAGCCCCCCCUGCUAAAGACAGGCACCAGCCUCCGAGUCGACGUUCAUCUCCGGCGGCAUCUUGGUGCUCUGACCGAGGCUGAGGACGCUCCAAGCGGACACAAAAUGGACUUACGUUACCCCAAGAACACCAGCAUUAAGCUGUUCGUCCUGUGCCACGGCCUCCUGCAGUUCUCMCAGUUAAUGUACAGCGCCUACUUCAAGAGCACCAUCUCCACCAUCGAGAAACGCUAUGGCCUCAGCAGCUACUCCUCAGGAACCAUUUCCUCUCUCAAUGAGGUCAGCAACAGCAUCCUGAUCGUGUUUGUGAGUUACUUUGGGACUCGGGUCCACCGUCCUCGUGCCAUCGGAAUCGGCGGCCUGCUGAUGGCUGUCAGUGCCCUGAUGCUCACCUUACCUCACUUCCUGUCGCAGCCCUACCAAUACGACUCUGUUUUACACAAUCGCCACGACAUUUGCAACCUUCAUGACAGCGUGAACAGCACCGAGUCGUGUGGCAGCGUUGAAACCAGACGGUUAGCUGACACCAACAACCUGUGGGUGCUCAUGGCCAGUGCUCAGCUGCUGUUUGGGGUCGGCUCAGUGCCCAUCCAGCCCUUUGGGAUCUCCUACAUCGAUGACUUYGCUGGACAGAACAACUCUCCUCUUUACAUAGCCAUCCUGUUUGCAGUGUCUGUAUUUGGACCUGCCAUCGGCUACCUGCUGGGCUCAGUCAUGCUGCGCAUCUAUGUGGAGGUGGACAGAAUCGGUUUUGGAGCAGAACAGGAGCUGAGACCAAGCGAUCCCCGCUGGGUGGGGGCCUGGUGGAUGGGUCUCCUCAUCGCCUCCGGCUGCCUGGUUCUCACCUCCAUCCCCUACUUCUUCUUUCCUCGUGAAAUGCAGAAAGAAAAACCACAUCCAGACUCACCCAGCAUUUACCUGGAUUUGAACAAGUCAGGACCUGCCACUGAAAGUGAGACUGACUCCACUGAUGACUCAAAGACGCUGGAUAUUUCUUUACUUGACUUCCUUAAGAGGUUUCCUCACAUGUUCAUCAACAUCCUGUUGAACCUUCGGCUGAUGUUGCUGAUCCUGGCCCAGUGCUGCUUCUCGUCGGUGAUCUCAAGUCUAGCGACGUUCCUCAACAAGUUCCUGGAGCGACAGUAYGGUGCUUCAGUUGCCUACAGCAUCYUGCUAGUCGGUGCUGUGAACCUGCCAGCGGUGGCCGUGGGGAUGCUGAUCGGAGGCAUUAUCAUGAAGAGGUUGAACCUCUCUCAGAAGAUGGUUCCUCGUUUCUCUGUGGUCAUGCUCAUAAUUUCCACCCUUUUCUGCGUGCCUCUUUUCUUCAUGGGCUGCUCCACGCAGAAGGUCUCGGAGGUCAAUCAUUCCCCCGUGGGACAGAACGGAUCUUCAUCCGCCUGCUAUUUGAACUGCUCUUGUCCCGACAACGCCUUUAACCCCGUGUGYGGCUCUGAUGGUGUUGAGUACAUUUCUCCCUGCCAUGCAGGCUGCACCAACUUCACCAAAGACCCYAUCAACACUCUCAGAGUUCAGAACUACACCAGCUGCAGGUGUAUAUCAGGGAGUUACGCUCGUCCAUCUCCAUGUCCAAACAGAUGUCCUCAUUUGCUCCUCCCUGUCAUCCUGGUCAUUUCUUUAGCAUCACUGGUCGCCUGCUUAACUCACAAUCCAAUGUACAUGAUGGUGCUCAGAUAUGUUUCCCCUGAAGAGAAGUCAUUUGCUAUAGGAAUCCAGUUUUUACUCAUGAGAGUUUUAGCGUGGCUCCCGUCUCCGGCUCUCUUUGGCAUGGCCAUCGACUCUUCCUGUAUCUGGUGGAAGCACGUGUGUGGAAAGAAGUUUAGCUGUGGUUACUAUGAUAACAACCUGUUUCGAAGCCGGUACUUGGGUUUACAGGUGGGKUAUAAGGUGAUGGGCAUCUGGCUGCUGAUGAUGCUGGCGUGGAAGGAGAAGAAUAUUAAGGAGUACACUCUGGACAAGAGGCAAGCACUGCUGUGAUCAGUGCUGAGACUCUGCUGCCUCUCAUAGCUCUGCUGGGAGACUAAAUAUUUUGGAAGAAGAGUGUUCCUGGGGAAACGCUGCGUCACUGAGGGGAAUCCAAAAUAAAGAUGCCUCCACAGUCACCUCAAUUCCUGCAGGCCCAGUCUCACCACCUGGACACUGGUGCAAGAAUAUCUCCCAAAAGGAACCUUUUCUGUUUUGGGGCCUGUUUUUGUUUUUUAAUUGGAAUAACUGAAAACACUACUUUCACAUAGGAUGGUGCACUCAAAGACAAGUUCACAGACAAAUA